AGGUCUGGAGGUUUGCUAUGUUUUUGUGUUCCGUGAGUGCAAAUAUCAAUCUGAUCUCAAGACUACUAUUGCUGGUAAAGCAGAAUGGACAUUGCAGUUCAGAGAGAAGACAUCAUGAGGAUUGCAGUUGGGUGAGGUGUGAAUGGAAGAUCCAUCAGAGAAGUGAGGUCACACGGCAACCCACCGCCCCCCAAAUUGGAGAGACAGACAACAAAAUACAAAGAAUCACAGCUUACUGGAGCAGAAACCCACAAACAGAAGCCUCUGCAGGAAUCAGUGCUAAGUCCAGAAGUUCAGAGGAGAAACAUGAGGAAGCUGAGCUUUGGCUAAGAAGCAGAGUUGGAAAUCACAGAUGUGCAGAAGAUCCACUUCUUGAGACACAUGGAAGCAAAGAAAAAACCCUGGAUACAGAGAUUUCAAUAUAAUGCCCUUAUGGAGCCCAUAGAGUUGGGAAGAGAGGACCCCAUCAAGGACCAUGAGGUGAACAAGCCAUCCCACGAUUAGCACAGUAGCUAAUUGUGACCAAAGAGAAGAAACAAUGACUUGCUAGGUUCUCAUGAUUGGUGUUAUGAAAUCAGAGCAUGUUAAAUGACAAAACUUCUUGUUUAUAACUGAGCCCAAGUCAAUGGAAAGAAUCAACCACACCAGCAGUGUCUCUGAGUUUAUCCUCCUGGGACUCUCCUCCCGGCCUGAGGACCAAAAGCCAUUCUUUGUUCUCUUCCUCAUCGUGUACCUGGUCACCAUAACAGGGAACCUGCUCAUCAUCCUGGCCAUUUGCUUCAACCCCCAUCUUCAGACCCCUAUGUAUUUCUUCUUGAGUUUUCUGUCUCUCACUGAUAUUUGCUUUACAACAAGCGUUGUCCCCAAGAUGCUAAUGAACUUCCUGUCAGAAAAGAAGACCAUCUCCUAUGCUGGGUGUCUGACACAGAUGUAUUUUCUCUAUGCCUUGGGCAAUGGUGACAGCUGCCUUCUGGCAGUCAUGGCCUUUGACCGCUAUGUGGCCGUCUGUGACCCUUUCCACUAUGUCACCACCAUGAGCCACCACCACGGUGUCCUCCUGGUGGUCUUCUUCUGCUCAUUUCCUCACCUCCACUCACUCCUGCACACACUUCUGCUGAAUCGUCUCACCUUCUGUGACUCCAAUGUUAUCCACCACUUUCUCUGUGACCUCAGCCCUGUGCUGAAAUUGUCCUGCUCUUCCAUAUUUGUCAAUGAAAUUGUGCAGAUGACAGAAGCACCUAUUGUUUUGGUGACUCCUUUUCUCUGCAUUGCUUUCUCUUAUAUACGAAUCCUCACUACAGUUCUCAAGAUUCCCUCUACUUCUGGGAAACGCAAAGACUUCUCCACCUCUGGUUUUAACCUCACCGUGGUGACACUCUUUUAUGGAAGCAUCUUCUAUGUCUAUUUACAGCCCCCAUCCACCUACACUGUCAAGGACCACGUGGCAACAACUGUUUACACAGUUUUGUCAUCCAUGCUCAAUCCUUUUAUCUACAGCCUGAGAAACAAAGACCUGAAACAGGGCCUGAGGAAGCUUAUGAGCAAGAGAUCCUAGGAAGCACCCUCUUGAAAAACUCGUAAGUGGAAUCUGCUCAACUUGGACCUGUUUUCUACUGGUUUCUGGUGAACAGUCAAAGCUGUUGGAAGCUAGCACUUCUGACCCAUGUGAGACAAGGCUAUUGUGGGCACUUACAUCCAUUGAUGAUGACCCAACAAUUCGGCCUGUAUCUCUUAAAUCACAAUCGUUUCCUGUCUGUGUCUCCUCUUUCUUGGAAAGAUUUAUUUUUUCCACUUUCUCAUUUUCCAAAAACUGCUUUAAUCUAAUCCUUUCCCCAUGAAUAUUUCCUAAACAAAUUUCUCUCCUUUUAUUAAGGCAGAUCCUCCAAAAUUCUUCACAUUUCAAUAUAUUGCUGAAAAAUGUGUAAUUUGUAGCCAUUGAAUGUUUUUGCAAAAAAAUUGAAAAGAGAAAGAAUGAAGGAAGAGGAGGAUAUAUAUUUUAGCUAAUUUUCUCUUCUUGAGGAUUUUUAUAAUUUUUUAUUUUUCUCCUUCUAAAAAUGUUUUAUUGCUUAAAUCUUAAGCUUUUACUUUUUUAUCUUUCUAUCCUUCCUUUAUUAUACUGCGGUAGUUUUAUUUACUUUUAAUUUCCUCUUAUAUUUUAUCAUACAAUUUAAAAAUGCUAAUGGUCAGAAAGAACAAAAACCACAAGGGAUAACAUGGAAAUUAUCCAUUUCACACAGGGGAGGUUGAAACAUUUCUUCUGGUUCACCCUCCCAUAAACUAUGUGUUUAAAAUGUGUGAUUUAAUACUUCGUCUAGAAACUGUCAUUUCUAGGACUCUAGCCUAUAGAAAUAUUAUUAUAAAUUUGUAUUGAGUAAUAUUAUUAUAAAUGUGUAUUGAAUAUUGUGAGAUAUAUGUAUAUAUAAUCUCCAAAGAUGUUCAGGGAAAUCCCAGUUUAUAGUAGGUAAAAAUGGCAACAACCUAAAACCUUUUCAAUAGGGAAAUGGAGAAAGAUGCUAUGACUAAUUCCAUAAAGUGUAACUAUAUGCAGCAUGUUCAAAGAAUCAAAUAUAUCUUUACUGCUUCCUUGAAAAGCCAUUAAGUAAGAAAAUUAAGAUAUGGAACAAAUGUAAAAGUAUGAAUCCAUUACAUUAAAACAUUAUAUGAAUAUGAAUGUACAUAUGUGUGUAGCCACUGGGGUAAGAAUGGAAGGGCAGGGGGAAACAUGGAGGGAGAAUAUUUCCUCUUCUUUAUACACAGUUGUAAUGUCUGAAUUUCUUCAAAUAAACAUUUAUUGCCAA